GGCGAUUUCCAUGGCAUAGAGCAAGUCCAUUGUGGUCUCACUCAGGAGUUCAGCAGGGUCUGGAGAGCGUGUCGCUAUUGCCAAGUGGAAUGCCACCCGUGUUUUCAAUGGGCGUGGCCGGCCUCCUUCAUUCAGCCCCUUUCCCCUCCAAAGGUACAGAGGUAGCCCACGUGUUGAGCCGCAAUCGACAAGUUCCGAUAAGAAUGGGUAACUGUGCCCAACCGAACAGCUUGCGGCUUUCGUUGGGCAUCACUGACAAGUUCCCGAAGCGUGGCACCAGCCAGUCGCGUGCAGACGAAGCAGGCAAACUCGGGUUCUUGGUGGGAUCUUUGCGUCGCAGAUCCUAUUCAGGGACUUUGGAGUCUGGAUCAGUGGGUUCCGUCGAACCCCUAGGUCCUUUACUAUGUAUGUUCGAGAAGCCACGGUUACCCAUGAUCGUCGUCGCGAUGCCAAUGACCGACUCAUGCCGAGCUUGUAUGACCUCGAGGAGUACUUGUGAUCACAGUGCUCGAGGAGUUGUGCGUACGGUCGACGGUCGACUGGAGAGUGUUUGGUCAGUCGUGUAGGUACUGUAUGAUCUUGCACACCGCUGCAGGGUUCAGCACGCAUCCAUCAACUGUCAGUGGUGGUGCAUGGGCCCGGCUCGGCAGCACGAUCACGACUGGAGCUGAUUCGUGGAUGGCAGGCUGCUUUUGCUUUUUCUGACGGGAAUCUAUCUGCGAGCCUUGCCAUUGUUGGCACUCCGUAAUAAUU